CCCGGAAAUAAAUAAUGGCUAAGCUAGAAAGUUUUGUAGACAUCGAUUCAUUCGAGCAAGUAGAAUUCCCACCAAGGAAUGAAUAUGUGACAUCAGAAGCAACAGACUUCACACCCUCAAGGACUGCUCCGCUGAGUCUUGAAUCAUUUCAACAAUUCCUCGACAAGGAAGGCCGCUUGAUAGAGGAGCAUGGAUUGAGGCAGGCUGUAUUUAAAGGUGGAGUUGACCCGUCAAUCCGAAGACAAGUGUGGCAGUUUGUGUUUGGACUCUAUCCCUGCAUGACGACACAGCGGGAGAGGGACGUCUUGCUCCAGGAUUAUGAAAUCAGAUACGAAACAUUGAAAGAUAAAUGGAAGAAGAAACUGGUGCUCGGUGCAAACUCAGUCGACCCGGAGGAAGUUGGUAUCACAGCCUCCUAUAUCAGUAACCUGCCAUUAGAUCUAGCCAGCCCUCCUCCACAACAAUGUUCUUCUAGUCCUGUCGAUGCUCAACAGAGAGACUACUUUGAUAUACAAGCAAAGAUAUUCGCUGAGCGCCAACCAUUGACACCAAUGAAAGAACUGCUAGAAUAUGUUCGGGUCAUCGAUAGAGAUGUACCGAGGACGGAUAGGGACUACGAAACUAUCAGGGAAGGUGGAAGUCACACCCUGAAUUCAUUACGAGAUAUGCUGAUUACGUACGCAGCAUUCCACCCUGAUAUUGGUUACACACAGGGCAUGAACGACAUAGUGUGUCGUUUCCUUGUUGUGUUCGGGUCCGAGGUGGAGGCCUACUGGUGCUUUAAUGAAUACAUGGCGAAGAUUCAGCUGGAGUUUUUGGAGGAAGGAAUGAUAGAAAAAGUUGACUUAAUGCGACAAUUGUUAAUAGAACUUGACCCUGAGCUGUUCAGAUAUCUUGACGAGCAGUGUGAAGUCGGCGAUCUGAUGUUCAGCCACAAGUGGCUGUUACUUGGGUUCAAGCGGGAGUUUGAUUUUGACAAUUCACUCCGAUGUUUUGAAAUCCUGAGCAGUCAUCAUCUAGAGCUAUCAUCGAUGGCGGCCGAGCAGGUUCGGUUAAAGGAAAUACGCAAAGAUUACGAAACACAGGGAGGGAAGACAAGACCAGUAGCUGUCACAUCACGAGCAGAGUUUACGUUUGAAUUGUUUAUGUGUGUGGCGAUAUUAAUGGAUCAUCGCAACCGACUGUUUCAGUGUGAUGAUCCGUCGACAGUCUUCCAGUGCAUUAGUAGUUUGUCAAAAAAUAUGGACCUUGAUCUUGUGCUGAACCAAGCUGAACGUCUCUUCUUCAAAUACUGCCGUAAGAGUGUGACCGACUGUUUCCAAGUCAUUAACACGCCUUUAGUGAAGAAAAAGAAAACUAAAACUCUGCUGUCGUUUUUACCGUGAAGGAGCUGGUGCGAGGUGGUCAAUCUGUGCUCAUCUAGGACAAUGAUUGCUUGACUGCCAUAAACAUGGAGGUGGUGGAAUAACAUCAGUGCCAAGUUUAGUACAACAGAAACUCUGAUCUGCCGAUAUCAAUGCUGGGAAAACUUUGGUGAACACAGCAUGACCUCGGAACGGCAAGCUGUGUCAUCUCCGAUCUCCGCCACAGGACUGAAGUCAUUGGCAGGUUGAACGCAGAAGAUGAAGUUUUACUUAAUGAAUCAGCUCGGUUUUUAGUCAGGAUAUCUCCUGACACAGGCUAGAGGGGGGAAGGGGGUGGCAAGUUUAUAGCUUGGUUGGACGGACCAAGAAUGUGUUUGACAAUUGUGAAAGAUUAGAGCCAAAUCUACAUAUCAUUUUGGCUAUUCAUGCAGGUGUAGGGCGUACCAAAGCCUAUUCAGGCAUGUGUUCGGUGUACCAAUGCCUUUUAUCAAUGUGUCGGAAAAAACGCAUAACUUGCUCAUUUGAGCCCCUUUCUGUAUAAACCAUUGUUCUUCCAAUAAACAGGUGGGUCUUACUACCGCUCUUUUCUUCUCAAGUUAUUUACACACUCCUUUUGCAGUAUAUUCUCUGAUGGCUGUUAAGUCCAUUCCAUGAAUGGGAGGCACCUAAUGCCAAGUUUGAGUGGAGUGCAACUUGACAUUUAUGUUACUUAGUAGAUGACCCAGUAUUGUUUAUCCCUUGUCACCUUCUGUGAAGGUCUGACGCCGUGGAUCAAAUUAACAACUGAUGACAACAAAAAGCUAUUUUGAAUAGCAAUAAUCGAGAAAAGACCGGAAGAAAUUGACCAUUUGUUUAUUUGUUUCACGCCA